CCUACAUCCUCGUUGCUGCACACAAAUACUAGAGACAAGCAACAUGAUCUUGUCAUCUUACAUCAGGCACCUUAGAUCAAUCAGCCAACACGCUGUGAACAAUAUCACAGUAGUUGCCAUUGCCAUUCUACUCUCAACCAUCUUCAUCCUCGUGGCUGCACCUGCACGGCUUGGUUUCGCUGAGCACAUCAUCUUCCAUCUCCACGCCACGCGACCCAUCUACGUGUUGCUUGUUGCCUUACUACUACUACCAUCAGCUGCAGCUGCCUUCUUCCUUGUGAACCGCUCACGCAGUGUGUAUCUCGUCGACUAUGCUUGCUUCAAGCCAAUUUCCGAGUGCCGCGUUCCCCUGGCCAUGUACACGGAGUACAUGACGCACUUCAUGCCGUUCCUUGAUGACCGCAGCAUCCGCUUCAUAACACGCGUGCUCGACAACUCCGGCCUUGGUGAGGAAACCUGCUUGCCCCCCUCCAUCCGGUGCAUACCUCCGAGCUUUGGGUUCAGCCAUGCCCGUGCCGAGGCCGAGCUAGUGGUCUUCUCAACAAUCGAUGACCUGUUCCGGAAGACAUGCAUCAGCCCAGCUGCAAUCGAUGCGCUGGUUGUGAACUGCUCCUUGUUCUCUCCAACACCAUCCUACAGUGACAUGAUCAUAAACAGGUACAAGCUUCGCAGUGACAUCCGCAGCGUGCACCUCUCCGGCAUGGGGUGCAGUGCCGGGCUCGUGUCCGUGGGGCUUGCGAGGAACCUGUUACAAGUCACACCACACGCCGCGUACGCAUUGGUGGUGUCUACGGAGACAAUCUCGAGCUUCUUGUACAAAGGGAGGAAGCGUGAAAUGCAUUUGCCGACCGUCCUGUUCCGCAUGGGUGGGGCGGCGGCACUGCUAUCAAAUUCUAGGAGCAAGGCUCGAUUCCGGCUCAAACACCUUCUGCGAACGAUCACUAGCACCGAAAGCGCGUACCGGUCUGUGAUACUAGAUGAGGAUGAGGAGGGGAACUUGGGGGUUAACCUUUCCAAGGACAUCAUCGGUGUCUCCGGCGAUGCAUUGAGGAGUGGCAUCAGCUCCAUUGGGCCCGUCAUCCUCCCGGCAUCAGAGAAGCUGAUGUUCUUCCUUUCAUGGAUGGCACGGAAGGUUCUCGGUGGCAAGGUGCAACCCUAUGUUCCAAACUUCUGCAAGGCGGUUGAGCACUUCUGCAUUCACCCUGGUGGACCAGCAGUGAUCAAUGCCGUCCAAAAGAACCUGCGCCUGUCUGAAACCCUUGCCGAGCCGUCAAGAAUGACACUCCACCGGUUUGGGAACACAUCAAGCAGCUCUCUGUGGUACGAGCUAGCAUACAUCGAGGCGAAAGGUAAAAUGCAGAGGCGGGAUCGAGUGCUGAUGAUUGGCUUUGGUUCAGGGUACAAGUGCAACGUUGCUGUAUGGGAGUGUAUCCAACCAUCAUGUAGUGCUGAUGGGCCAUGGAGUCAGUGCAUCCAUCGGUACCCAAUGAAAGCAUAACCUCAGCUAAGCGCCGCACAUGAGCUGAGGGUAUGCAAUGCCCAAGCCAUCCGUCCUUGAUGAUUAAUAAGAUUAAACGACAUGUAGAUCCAAUGCAAUUA